AUGGUGUCGGGGCAGUGGUUACAGACUGUGUGUAUUUCAUGUCAAGGAGAAUUUGCUGUUGAGCAGUGCGGUCUGAGCGUUUUGGCUUCAGGGUUUCAAUUUCAGGAUCCAACUUCCUGGGUAAAUAUUCAUCACCUGGAAUAUACAGAUGGAGGAAUCCUGGACCCAGAUGAUGUGCUGGCAGAUGUUGUGGAAGACAAAGAUAAGCUGAUUGCUGUUUAUGAUGAGCAAGAAACUCACCAUAAGACUGAUGGCACCAAUGGCAAUUUGACAGACAGGAAUAGCCCAGACUCUUUUGAGACGGAGGUAGCGGCUCAGCUGGCUGCCUUUCAGCCGAUCGGUGGUGAGAUUGAAGUGACUCCUUCUGCCCUGAAACUGGGCACGCCGCUUCUAGUACGAAGGAGCAGUGAUCCAGCUUUGGGCCCACCUGCUGACUUCCACCCAAGUGCUUCUCAUCCCAGUGACCACAGUCUCAAGCAUGUUGUGGCAGUAGGUGUCAUUGAAAUGACAAAAACAGUGGAGAUUUCUGGGGAAGGUGGACCAUUAGGAAUACAUGUAGUGCCCUUUUUUUCAUCUUUGAGUGGAAGGAUGCUGGGUCUCUUUGUCCGUGGUAUUGAAGAAGAUAGCAGAUCUAGGCGUGAUGGGCUUUUCCAUGAAAAUGAAUGCAUUGUGAAGAUUAACCAUGUGGACCUUACAGAUAAAACCUUUGCACAGGCUCAGGACAUCUUCCGUCAGGCAAUGAAAUUUCAAAGUGUCAUGUUGGAAGUCCUUCCUCCGUAUAAUCGAGAACAGUAUGAGAAGUCUGCUAUUGCUCCCCUUUGUUUUCUGGGUAAUGAAGAAGGAGUUCCGAAAACAAAGAUUCCACCUCCUGUUCAUCCAAAACCUACUUUGAAAACAAUUAAUCUUUCUGGAGCAAGCAACUUGGAGGCAGGUGUACAGCCAACACUACAGCAAUCUAAGAGCCCCAACCUCCCACGUUUGGGUAGAAAGUUAUCUUCUCCCUCACUGUCUCCCCUUAUGGGUUUUGGCAAUAAAAAAAAUGCAAAGAAAAUAAAGAUAGACCUGAAAAAAGGUCCAGAAGGACUUGGUUUCACUGUGGUUACCAGAGACUCUUCAGUACAUGGUCCUGGUCCGAUUUUUGUGAAGAACAUUUUACCAAAAGGUGCAGCAGUAAAAGAUGGUCGUUUGCAGUCAGGAGACAGAAUCCUAGAGGUGAAUGGACGGGACAUCACUGGCAGGACCCAGGAAGAGCUUGUAGCUAUGCUGAGGAGCACAAAGCAAGGGGAGACUGUCUGUCUGAUUGUGGCUCGUCAGGAGGAGGCCUUUCUACCUCGAGAGCUGGAUGGUCGUUUGCGAGUAAAUGAUCAGCUUGUUGCGGUAAAUGGGGAGUCGCUUCUGGGCAAGUCGAAUCAUGAGGCUAUGGAAACACUGAGGCGCUCCAUGUCCAUGGAGGGGAACAUUCGUGGGAGGAUCCAGCUGGUAGUUCUCCGGAGACUAGAGGUGCAGACAGAGGAACGCUCGGACCAGGGAGUCUUUCAAAAAUCAGCCUUUGACAGGAGUCAUAAUUGCACAGCUACUUCCCGACACAAUGAUACGAUUCUUCAGCAAUUUGUAACGUGCAGUGCUCAGGAAAGAAUAAAAGGUAUGCUUUUACAUAACAAUGGUGAAAACGAAACCCCUCCACCUCUCCCACCACAUCCCAGUGGGGAUCUGCUGAAUGAGGAUUAUAAUCACAGCCCUAUGAUAAAUUCAGCAGUGCAUUUAACAGAUCAGCACAUCAACUUCAGAUCUUUGACACCAGCCAAGCAGUCUGAAUCAAUUAAUCUGAAAGCCUCAAAAAGCAUGGAUCUGGUGGCAGAUGAAAGCAAAGUUGGUUUGUUGGCCGGACACAAAUCGGGUUCUGUUGGCAAAGAUUUUGGUCCUACUCUGGGAUUGAAGAAGUCCAGUUCUCUCGAGAGUCUUCAGACUGCUGUGGCUGAAGUUAGGAAGAACGAACUCCCUUUUCACAGACCCAGGCCUCACGUGGUCCGUGGUCGGGGUUGUAAUGAGAGUUUCCGAGCUGCCAUUGACAAGUCUUAUGAUGGACCUGAAGAUGGAGAAGAGGAUGGUUUCUCUGAUAAGAGCUCUCACUCUGGUCAAGAAGCUCAGAACACGGAGUCUGCCCCUCCAAGGAACUUUGAAAUAGAGGGUGCAGAAACCAAAGCAAAAAAAGACAAAAAAAAUAGGGAGAAAGAGAAGAAAAAGGAAAAGGGCAAAUCUAAAAUCAAAGAGAAGAAAAGGAAAGAAGAAAAUGAAGAUCCAGAAAAGAAAAAGAAGAAAGGCUUUGGUGUCAUGUUGAGAUUUGGAAAGAAAAAAGAAGAUAAAAGUGGGAAAACAGAUCAGAAGGGCAAUCCAAAGCAAGGCAUACUUAAAGAGGAGGAGCUGGAGAAAAUGAAAGAUGAACGUGAAAGGAUUGGUGCGAAGCAUCAGGAGUUACGGCAAAAGCAACUGAGAGGCCUGAGUGAUUAUUCUACUGGUCCUGGAGGACCUGACAUUGAUGAUGAUGAGAUGGAUCCAAAUUAUGCCAGAGUAAACCACUUCCGAGAGGCUUAUCCAGCAGCAAGCAUCUACAGGCCAUCAUCACCAGCAGCAGCAGAAACCUUUGUAUAUCCACGUGAUUCUCCUUCAGCACCAAUGGAGAGGGAGCACUUGGAAGGACUGUAUGCGAAGAUAAACAAGCAGCACUACCCCCAGGCUCCUGGUGACAGUGGCUGCGUAGGUGGUGGGAAUGCUGAUCGUAUCCAGAAGUUACGGAAGGAGUACCAUCAGGCCAGGCGAGAAGGCUUACCUUUCUAUGAGGAUGACGAAGGAAGAACACAGCCGUCUGAUUACGACCAGCGUUGGGUGCCUGGAAAAGGUCCAGAUGGGAGCUCAUACAAUCUCCACUUUGAGGGGAUGGAAAGGCAGUAUGCAUCCCUACCCAGGCGUGGACCUGCAGAGCCACUGGAAUAUUUAACAGGGCCACGAGUAAUAUACAAAGAGAGAGAUCUUCCCUACUACCGAGGAGGACAGCCUGUUGUCCACCCAUCUAAGGGGAACUACAUCCGUGCACCGGACACAAGAGUGGCAGAAUUGAGGUACCCCCAGUACUACCCAGCCCAGCCCGUCACAAAUCAGCAUAAAGGACCCCUUCGGCAGGAUGUGCCACCUUCCCCUCCUCAGUCCCACCGUGCACCAGCUUAUAAUGAAAUUGUCCGACACCGUGGGACCAGUCCAGACCAGUACCAGUACAAGCAACAGGAUCCCAGGCAGAAGAACCCCAUGACUGCAGCUGUAUAG